AUGAGUCGCCUCAGUAGCAGGCUGGUAUUCUUCGGCAAUGACUUCCCAAGUGGAGAGAUCCCGGAGUUCUUUCGCCGUCUGCACCGGUGGUCCAUGGACAAGAAGCUCCAUAUUCUAGCUUCAUUCAUGGAAGAAUGUGUGUCCACCAUCAAUCAAGAAAUCAGCCAGAUUUCGCAACAACCUCCUCCCCAGCUUAUCUGCGUUCAAAAUAUCGUGAGCCUUGUCGAUGGCUGGGAAGCCAACCGUCUCACUCUCGUUGGAGGGGCCGUUGAGACGGCCCUUCUCUGCAUACUACAAAUCGGCAUGCUUAUCGGACACCAUGCAGCAAUUGACCAAAUUUACGAUCUUGGGAAUGCUGGAACAACCUUGAGUGGCUUGAGCGUGGGACUUCUUUCUGCUGCAGCCGUGGCAAUUUCCACUUCAAUCUCCGACUUAGCCCGAUAUGGUGUUGAAAGCGUGCGAAUUGCGUUUCGGAUGGGAAUCCACGUUGGCAGAGUAUCCCAGUCACUGGAGGCUCGUGAGGCAGAUAGUAACCCGAAAACCUGGGCUUACGUCGUGAAGGGAAUCUCCGCAGAGAUCAUCCAACAAGAGCUUGAUCGUUUUAACAAGGAGUCGGUGUGUCCGGAGCUUAUGAAGGUGUUCAUCAGCGCAGCAGAUGCCAACUCCGUUAGCGUGACCGGACCUCCAUCUCGCUUGAUAAAUGCUUUCCACCAUUCUUCUAUCCUGAGAUACUCAAAGCACAUGGCUCUCCCUGUUCACAGUGGUCUUUGUCACGCUCCCCACCUCUAUACUGCUCAAGAUGUCCGAGCAAUCGUCAUGAUCUCUGAGGUCAAGGCCUUGGCUCCAGUUCACGUUUCCGUUAUAUCAGCAAAAACCGGGAAGGCUUUACAUGCGACCCGAUCGAAGCAACUAUGGGAGGAAAUUGUAACAGAAAUCCUCACUGGGGGAAUCUACCUUGAUAAUCUGGCAACGGGGCUAAUUCGGGAGGUUUCUACGAAUGAAUCCUUGGAGAUAGAGUUCGUCACUCUACGAACCUCCUUGAUAACCCAAGGGCUGUUAUCCUCGAUUCAGUCUAGUCUACCUGAUGUCACUAUCCGAAAAAGAGACAUCCUCGAUUGGAGUCUCAUUGACGAACCGGACUUUUUUCCAAGUGCAUCCCGUACACCACGCCAAUCCAAGCUAGCUAUUGUCGGUAUAGCCUGCAGGCUACCCGGAGGUGCAAAUGAUUUGGGACUCUUUUGGAAGUUGAUUGAAGAAGGUCGAGAUGUUCACACCCGAAUUCCCGCGGAUCGCUUCGAUAUCGAUACUCAUUAUGACCCAACUGGCGAUAUUCCCAAUACAACACAAACGCCAUUUGGGAAUUUUAUCGACAACCCCGGAAUGUUCGAUGCAAAUUUUUUUAAUAUGUCACCCCGUGAGGCUGAACAAACCGAUCCAAUGCACCGGCUCGCCCUAGUGACUGCCUACGAAGCUCUUGAGAUGGCUGGAUAUUCGCCUAACCGAACGCCGUCUACCUCCCUGCGGAGAAUCGGUACAUACUUCGGUCAAGCUAGCGACGAUUGGCGAGAGCUGAACGCCGCCAAGAACAUUGGCACUUAUGCAGUCCCAGGAGGUGAACGAGCCUUUGCGAAUGGGCGCAUCCAAUAUUUCUUCAAAUUCUCCGGGCCUUGUUUUAAUAUGGAUACAGCAUGCUCGAGCGGUCUAGCAGCUGUUAACACCGCAUGUAGCGCAUUAUGGGCAGGCGAGGCGGAUACGGUCAUUGCAGGGGGUUUGAACGUGAUAACCAACCCCGAUAACUUUGCUAUGCUCUGUAAAGGGCAUUUUCUGUCAAAGACUGGUCAAUGCAAAGUAUGGGAUAAGGAUGCAGACGGCUACUGCCGUGCUGAUGGGAUCGGAUCCGUCGUCAUCAAACGUCUCGAAGACGCUGUCGCCGAUAACGAUAAUAUCAUCGCAACGAUUGAUGCCGCCUUCACCAAUCAAUCUGCAGAUGCAAUCUCAAUUACCCAUCCUCAUGCUGGCGCUCAAAAGGAGAACUACCAACAGGUCAUGCAGGCCGCAGGCAUCAGUCCAGUAGCUGUCAGCUACGUCGAGCUUCACGGAACGGGCACGCAGGCCGGCGACUCGGUUGAGUCGGAAUCUGUGGUCGAUAUCUUCGCGAAUGCCAAGUGGCGUCGUCCGACCCCUCUUUUGAUGGCUUCUGUUAAAUCAGAUAUCGGUCACGGUGAAGCCGCUGCUGGAAUCGCCUCCUUGAUCAAGGUUCUUCUGAUGUACCAGAAGAAUAUGAUCCCGCCUCACGUUGGGAUAAAGACCAAGAUCAACCCUGUUGUUACCAAGAACCUUGAACGAGGCAAUGCUGCAUUGGCUUUGGAAUUGACAUCAUGGCCACGGAUUGGUGACAAGAAGCGCUUCGCAAUAGUCAACAGCUUCGGCGCUCAUGGAGGUAACACGACCAUGCUUCUUGAAGAUGCGCCAAGGCAUAUCCGUACUGGAUCUGACCCUCGACCUACUCAUGUCAUUACUCUAUCUGCCAAGAGCAAAAUUUCUCUGAGGGGAAAUAUUGAGGCCAUGCUUGCUUAUCUGCAUGAGAAUCCUGAGACUGACUUUGGUGAUCUGGCGUACACUACUUGUGCCCGUCGGAUCCAUCAUCAUACGCGGGUCGCAUUUGCUGCAUCUUCUAUUGAACAAGUCAAAAAGUCAUUAGAAGACAUCAUUACGGCUAAUAUUGUGAGCACACUUCGCCACUUUACCACUUCCUCGGCAUCAGUUCCCUUCACCUUCACUGGCCAAGGGGCUUUCUACUCAGGACUGGGUAGCAAUCUGUACGAAAAUUUCCCAGCCUACCGUUCAGUAGUCGACGAGCUCGACCAUCUCGUGCAGUGUCUGGGCUUUUCAUCUGUUGUUCCUGUAAUAGGUGACACACUCGAGGACGAAAAGUCUGCCUCGCCAGUUCUGACCCAGCUUGCGAUUCUGGUCAGUCAAAUCGCCCUUGUUCGAUUCUGGGGCCAUCUUGGCGUUACCCCCAGCGUGGUCAUUGGUCACAGUCUCGGAGAAUAUGCAGCUCUUGUGGCAGCUGAUGUCCUCUCUGCUGCAGAUGCAAUCUUCUUGGUAGGAAAGAGGGCCCAGCUUCUUCAAAAUUCAUCCCAGCUGGGUAGCCAUUCCAUGCUUGCCGUGCGAGCCUCUGUGGAGCAUAUCAAGAAAGUUGUGCCCACGGGUAUGGUAUACGAGAUCAGUUGUCUGAAUGCGCAAGAAAGUACUGUUCUCGGUAGCACUAAGAGCAAUAUCCAACAGGUUCAGGCUCUUCUUGAGACGGAAGAUGUCAAAUGCACCCCUCUUGAUGUGCCAUUUGCAUUCCAUACAACCCAAAUGGAACCAAUUCUGGAGGUCUUCGAGCAAGUUGCCCAGCAAGUAACCUUCCGUGCUCCAAGUGUUCCAAUUCUGUCUCCUCUUUUGGGCGACGGCAUCUUUGACGGCAAGGCCGUGAACGCGAAAUAUCUGUGCCGUGCAACACGCGAACCGGUUCGUUUCUUCGAAGCCCUGAACGCUGGUCGUGAACUUGGAGUCGUUACGGAGAAUGCCAGUUUCAUUGAGAUCGGGCCCCAUCCUGUCAAUGGCUCUUUUAUCAAGUCGCUUCUGCCAGGAGCUCGAAUCCUGGCUUCGCUUCGUAAGAACGAAAACAACUUCACGACCUUGGCAAGCUCUUUGGCCACCCUACACAACGAUGGCUUACCUAUUGAGUGGAACUCAUACUUCAGGCCGUUUGAAAAAUCUCAUUUCCUCCUGUCCCUUCCAAAAUACUGCUGGAACGAGAAGAAUUACUGGAUUCAAUACACAGGUACUUGGACAUUGGAUAAAGCCUAUUCUGGAGUCAGUCGGCCAGGUGCUGCCUCGUCACCAUUGGGUUCUGGACUGCGGACAUCCUCGAUUCACCGCAUAACCUCGGAGAAUGUCAGUGGCUCCAUCGCAACUCUGACUGUCGUCUCUGACAUUAUGGAUCCCGAAUCCCCAGCUGCGGUGGAUGGUCACCGGAUGAAUGGUUACGGAGUAGCCACAUCGUCUCUUUGGGGUGAUAUUUCUUUGACAAUAGGAGAAUACCUGUAUAAGAAACUUGCGCCUCAAACCCGUCAGGUUCACAUGGACGUCUCCAAUCUCGAGGUUCUUCACGCACAAGUGGCACAUACCGAUAAGAACCGUGCUCAAUUGCUGCAAGUAGAAGCCACUCUUGACUUUCAGUCAAAAGAGAUGCCAAUUCAAUGGUUUAAUGUCUCCAGCGAUGGUGAACGUGCAGCUGAAGCCUACGCUUCAGCUACUGUCAAGUUCACUGACUCUGCUGAAUGGCGUUCGGAGUGGGAUCGGUUGACCCAUCUACUGAAUAGCCGAAUCGACUCUUUAUCAGCGAUGGCUCUCGACGGAACUGCUAACCAUCUGUCCCGAAACAUGGUCUACAACCUUUUCCAGAACGUGGUCGAAUAUAGCGACCAUUAUCGGGGCAUGCAGUCUGUAGUGCUGCACAAAAUGGAAGCAUACUCCGAGAUUGUUCUCAAUUCCGACCGACACGGAACCUGGCACACACCCCCACACUGGAUUGACAGUAUCUUUCACAUUGGAGGAUUUGUACUUAAUGGUAGUGAUGCAGCAAACACCAAGGACUACUUCUACGUCACUCCCGGCUGGGGUAGCUGUCGCAUCAUUCAACCCUUGCGGGCUGGUGGUCGAUAUCGCAGCUAUGUCCGCAUGGCACCUAUUGAGGAGAAGGACAUGUAUGCCGGUGACGUAUACGUGCUUCAAGACAAGGUCGUGAUCGCUAUGAUGGGCCAGAUGAAGUUCCGCCGGGUGCCUCGCAUCUUGAUGAAUCAGUUCUUUACGCCCAGUGAGACUGCUUCAUUCAAAACAGCCGUGCCUGCUAUUAUCCAACCUGUGCAGCCGAAAGCGGUUUCAGCAUUCCCAUAUUUUCCUCCUUCUACUUCCGAUCAAGUCAUUAUGCCUUCUUCAAGUGAAGCAAGACCUGCUCAGCAAAAGACUAAUGAGUUGAGCGCGCCAGCGUCUGCGAAAUCCACCCCACCAGCUUCAUCAGAUAGCCCAAUCGUCGCCGACUGUCUCAAGAUCAUUGCCCGUGAGACCGGCUUGGAUCCCAGUGAGCUUACAGACAAUGCAUCGUUCGUCGAACUCGGUGUCGAUUCUCUCAUGUCCCUUGUUCUAUCGGAGAAGUUCAAGAUGGAGCUCAAUCUAGACGUGAAGAGUUCUGUUUUCAUUGAAUGCCCAAACAUCGGGGAGUUGAAGGAUUGGCUAGACCAGUGA